CCCGGCAUUCUCCCCCGUUUUAAAACUUUGAAAUCCCUUUCGACUAACCCGUUCUCUCGCUGCUAUUUUUUUUUGGCCCUCGGAGGCUACAAGCCAAAGACGCCGCCGCCUCUUCUGCUCUUCCCAUCGUAGCCGAGUCCGAUCUGAAAUUGAGGAGGCCCUAGCUCGAAAUCUCGGCGAUGAUUCUCCGGCCUUACUCCAUGGAUGCUCACACCCUAGCUCAGGAACUCGCCUCUUCCGUUCUCUCAUCAUCGUCCCCUACAGCCAUCGUCUCCGCGAUCUCCGCCGUCGACUCCAUCCUAUGCAAGCUUUCCACCGAUCAGUCUCGUGCAUUCUUUUCCAUCGCUUUCCCGUCCAUCAUCUGCCGUCUCUUCGGCUUCGACGAAUCUCCCACAAACCCGACGCGCUCCACCUCCGCCUCCACCGCCUGGAUUGACCAGGCUCAUAACAAUCCUGACCUAGCUGCUCGGCUUUUCGUGCUGCUCUCCCCCCAGGGCCCUCUCUUCUCGGCGAUCUCCUCUGCGGAUCGUCAUGGCCUUGUAAAGUACGUAUUCCCGGCGGAGAGACUUCCGGAGUGGAUGAGGUACGUGCUGCAGAGCGAGCGCCAUUCGUCGAUCCUUUCCGACCUCUGCCCCCUAUUCAGAGGCAGGGUCAAGGAGGAUCUAAUCCAGGGGACUUUCCAGCUACAGCUGAAUGCUUUCGAGUACUACAUAUUUUGGUUUGCGUACUAUCCCGUGUGUAGGGGGAAUAUUAAUGCUUCGGAUGAUAGUUUGGCAACGAAGAGCCGGCGGAAGUCAAGGUUGGAGAGCUGGACAUCGUCUCUACCAGUCCUUGUCAGCCCCAGCAGGAGGUCUGGUCAGAAGACUGAAGUUAGUUUGUACCUCAGACUUCUUUAUUCCUAUCUGUGUGCCUUUGUGCCCAAGUGUGGUUUGGGCUCUCAGCAGCCAUACCGCAGCUCGCUUCUACAUUAUUCUUCUAGCUGCGACAUUUCUGCAUUUGAGCAGGCUGAGUUCCUCGUCUAUACCUUGAUUCAUUUUUGGCUAGUGGACAACGAUUUUUCACCCUUGCCUUUGAAUGUUUGCCGUUCAUUUGGUAUCUCAUUCCAGCGUCGAGCAUUCAUACUAGAGACACCUCCGACUGCUGGAUUGGGUGAAAUGGUGAAGUUGUUUGUAAAAUACCUUGGUUCUUGCUUGGCCUUUCGUGCUGAAGGAAGUAAUCAGAAGGUUCUAGGGUCGGUUGGUACUUCCCCCAUGAGACCAAUGCUUUCUUUAGAGAACACUGCCUGUUCCUGGAACUUAGUGGUACAGAGGCCCUUGUAUAGGUUUCUCUUGAGGACUUUCCUUUUCUGUCCCAUUGGGGCAUCUAUGAAGAAUGUGGCCCAAGUUUUGUCUAUGUGGGCAACAUAUAUGGUUCCUUGGAGAAUUAAUCCUGAAGAUUUUGAUGAGUAUGAGCCGCCAACAGUACACAAAUUGGAGAGUUCGAAAAAACAUAUGGUUCAGGGGAAAAUCAUUGGAGAGAGUGAAAGAUGCAACGCACUAGCUGUGUACACAUCCCUUUGGGAGGGCUAUGUAGCUUCUAAUUAUCUUUUCUACAGCUCUUUAGUCGUGCAUUUUCUUGGUUUUGCACACAAGUUUCUUCACGCAAAUGUUGAGGCAGUAGUUGACAUGGUGUUGAAGGUUUUAAGCAUUUUGACUUCGUCCAAGGAGCUGAUAGAUCUUCUUCGGAAAGUUGAUACUGCAUAUCAUUCAAAACAAUCCGGUCUUUAUUCACACACUAAUGUGGAUAAAUAUGUUCCAUCCAUUCGGCAACAGCUGAAGGAUUGGGAGGAAGGCCUAUGUGAGAGCGACACAGAUGGAUCAUUCUUACAUGAAAACUGGAACCAAGAUCUCAAACUUUUUAAUGACGGGGAAGAUGGGGCUCUGAAGUUACUUCAGUUCUUUGUCAUUCGAGCGGAGCAUGAGAUACAUUUGAUGUCAUGUGACAACAUGCGAAGCCUUCAAGCCUUGGAUUCAAUCAAAUCCCUAAUGAACAUACUUUUCGAUGGCACCAUUGUCUCCCAUCCCCAUCUACCAAACUCAUUAGAAGAAGCCCCUGCCAUUCCUCAUUUUAGAGAGGAUGUUUUUGCCCCCAAGCAUCCAGGUUUCCGAACUGGUAAAUGGGCUGAUAUCAAAUACAAGGGCGACUGGAUGCACCGACCGAUCUCAGACACAGAAGUCGCAUGGCUUGCAAGGCUCCUGCUCAGAUUUUCCAAUUGGUUAAACCAGUCUCUUGGCUUCGACCGUGUUGCGAACCGCAGCGAGCCUGGCCAACCAACUUAUGUGGAACUGGCAAGUUGUGAUUUGAGCUUUGAAGGUGGAGCCAAGGAGGUUGCAGCCAUGCUUUUGAAUCUAAUUGCUUCUUCGCUUGGGCUGUUUGGUCAUUCAGUGGUUAGUUUCAUGAGAGGGCAUGGAAUGAGGAUAAACCUGCGGAUGUUUUCGUCCAAGAAAUUUUUUGUGUGUUGUAUUAUAUGUGUGAUUGUAUUUACACUGACGAAGGCGUUCAGUAAGGCUGCUGCUGCUGCGUGGUCUUUGGCUGAUGAAGUUGAACUUAGCAGGACUCAUACAUGAAUAAACUUUGCUGCUGGUUUUUGAUUGUAAAUAUCUUUUAUCCAGCCUUGCAUGCGAAAUCAUGCGGGAAUAUAGCUCCAUCUUAAUGUUUUUGAUAGUAAAUGUCUUUUUUUUUUUUUGUUUCUUCGA